UUUGGGAACUAAUUUUAGAAUAUGAAAAAUGUGGUGGGACGGAUAUUGCAAAAAAUAAAAAUAAAAAAAUAAAAAAAACGAAAGCAUAAUUUUACCUCUCUUGCACCACAGUAAAAACGCCCCCUUCCCUUUCCUUCCGAGAGAGAAAAUGCAAGCUCUAAUUUCGAGCUAAAAUUCACUUUCCCGCCAAAAAGCUCUUCCCUCUAUAAAAUCAACUUUCCCAAAUCCCCUCUCCUGACACGAAUUACUCCUCUAUCUGAAAAAAAAUGAAGAGCCAAAAAUCGAUCCUCUACUUCCUCCAAAAACCCUGGCCGGGAAAGUCCAGCUCCGGCGGCCUUCACUGCCAGGAGCCGCCUCGUCCGGAUCCGAAUCCAGCCUCCGAUCCCGAUCCCGAUCCCGAUCCCGAUAUCAGAGGAACCGAUACGCCCCCGGAAAAGCGCCAGUGCUCGUUCUUUCGGGCCAAUUCUCCGGCGAACGGCGGCAAAAAACGCUCCGACAGUAAGUUCUCCAGCAUCAUGCACAAGUUCAAGAGGGAUGCUGGACCAGGAAGCGUCGAUAUGAGGAAAAAUAAUGACCAUGCAUCCCUUAGUUCUCACCUUGAUUUUGGUGAAUUUGAUGAAAAUGAAUCAAAUGUGAGGAAAAAUACACCUGGCAAGGAUUACUCAAAAACUUCUAUGUCCAUGUCUAAUGAUGCCUAUAGCAGUGAUCCUCCCAGUUUUGAACUUUGCCCUGAUAUUAUGGGACCAGAAACCCCAGCCAUGCGCCCACUUGUUCCCCGUUUGAAACGCGUGCAAGAGGACUGCCGUAAUGCAGAAACUGUGCGCGAGUCUUCCUCUUUUGGUUCCAGAAAAAAAGUCAAGUGUACUCAAGAUUUGGCAACAGAAAAAACAUCUAAUGUUGAAAGAUAUGAGAAUAGCAGUAAGUUUGAGUGGCUCAAUCCUUCAACUAUUCGAGACGCAAAAGGAAGACGACCUGAUGACCUGCUUUACGACAAAAGAACUUUAUACAUACCCCCAGAUGCAUUGAAAAAAAUGUCAGCGUGUCAAAAACAGUACUGGAGUGUGAAAUGCAAAUAUAUGGAUAUUGUCCUCUUUUUCAAAGUGGGGAAAUUCUAUGAACUGUACGAGGUAGAUGCUGAGAUUGGGCAGAAAGAGCUUGAUUGGAAAAUGACUAUCAGUGGCGUUGGCAACUGCAGACAGGUUGGAAUUUCUGAAUCUGGAAUUGCUGGUGCUGUUCAGAAGUUAAUUGCUCGUGGGUAUAAAGUUGGGCGAAUGGAGCAACUUGAGACUUCAGAUCAAGCUAAAGCGAGAGGAAAAAGUUCCGUAAUUGAAAGAAAAUUGGUUCAUGUGUCCACUCCAUCCACCACAAUUGACAAUAACAUUGGACCAUAUGCUGUUCAUCUUCUUGCACUAAAAGAGGGGGUGAAGAAUGGUUCCCCCAUUUAUGGGUUUGCUUUCCUCGAUUAUGCUGCUUUAAAGUUUUGGGUGGGUUCUAUUUCUGAUGAUGGUUCGUUUGCUGGUUUGGGGGCUUUGCUGAUGCAAGUUUCACCAAGGGAAAUUGUUUAUGAAAGCUCAGGGCUCUCCAAAGAAGCUCAUAAGGCUCUCAUAAAAUAUGCUUCAGCCGGUCGCACAACAAUGCAACUAACUCCCGUGAUGCCUAGUGCAAAUUUUCUGGGUCCUGAAGAAGUUAGAAAUCUGAUACACUCUAAAAGAUUUUUUACAGGGUCUUCUAGUUCAUGGACUUCGGCAUUUGAUUGUGCAACCUAUUAUGAUCUUACUAUCUGUGCUCUGGGUGGACUGCUUGAACAUUUAAGUAGGCUAAAGCUAGAUGACGCUUUACGGAAUGGGGAACUUUUGCCAUAUCAUGUAUAUAAGAGCUGCCUAAGGAUGGAUGGGCAGACACUUGUGAAUCUUGAGAUCUUCAGCAAUAAUGUUGAUGGGGGUCUAGCAGGAACAUUGCUAAAGCAUCUUGACCACUGUAUAACUUCAUCUGGCAAACGGCUCCUAAGGAGGUGGAUCUGCCAUCCACUAAAAGACAUUGAUAAAAUCAAUGAUAGACUUAACAUUGUAGAAGGACUGGUGAAUCAAUGUGGGGUAGUAUCCAUCAUGAGUGAGACUUUGCGUAGGCUUCCAGAUCUUGAGAGAUUGUUAGGACAAGUUAAGGCUACUGUUGGGUCUUCUUCUAUGGUUCUGCUACCUUUCGUGGGAGAGAAGAUAUUGAAACAAAGGAUCAAAGCAUUUGGGACUCUUGUAAAGGGUCUUCGAAUGGGAACAGACCUACUAAUUAUCUUACUAAAAGAGGACAGCAGGAGUUUGCCAAUUUUAAAAGUUCUAAAUCUUCCAGUGCUAAGUGAGCUUGAUGAACUGCUCAAACAGUUUGAGGUUGCUGUCAAUGAUGAUUUCCCCCAGUACCAGGACCAUACCAUUGAAGACUCAGAUGCUGAAACAUUAUCUGUUCUUGUUGAGCUGUUUGUGGCAAAGUCUAAUGAAUGGUCUCAUGUGAUCGAGGCACUUAAUAGCGUCGAUGUGCUACAAUCCUUUGCUGUCGCUGCAAUUUCUUCAUGUGGCUCUACGACUAGGCCUGUUCUUUUACCAGUAGAGUCUCGUUCUACAAUCUCAUGCCCAGAGAGUAAAGGGCCAAUUCUAAGGAUUAAGGGUUUGUGGCACCCCUAUGCUGUUGUAGAUAAUGGGAACAGUCUGGUUCCCAAUGACAUAUAUCUUGGUGAAGGUGCAGCUGGGUCUCAUCCACGAGCAUUGCUACUGACUGGACCGAAUAUGGGUGGGAAAUCAACGUUGCUGAGGGCCACAUGUCUUGCUGUUAUACUGGCUCAGGUAGGCUGCUAUGUCCCCUGUGAUGAGUGUGUGCUGUCACCAGUUGAUGUUAUCUUUACGCGGCUUGGGGCAACUGAUCGAAUCAUGUCAGGAGAAAGCACUUUUUUUGUUGAGUGCUCAGAAACAGCAACAAUUCUUCGGCAUGCUACUCAAGAUUCUCUUGUGUUGCUUGAUGAACUCGGUAGAGGGACGAGCACAUUUGAUGGUUAUGCAAUUGCAUAUGCUGUAUUUCGUCAUCUGGUAGAAACCGUUCGUUGUCGCUUGCUCUUUGCCACUCACUAUCACCCCCUCACCAAAGAAUUCGCAUCUCAUCCUCGAGUAAACCUUCAACAUAUGGCAUGUGCUCUUAAAGAUAACGGCCUAGUUUUUCUCUACAAACUUGCAUCUGGCCCUUCACCUGAGAGCUACGGACUUCAAGUUGCUCUUAUGGCCGGAAUCCCCAAUCAGGUUGUUGAGGCUGCAUCAAAGGCUAGCCAAAGAAUGAAGGCGAUGAUCGGUAAAAAUUUCAAGAGUAGUGAAGGGAGGUCUGAGUUUUCUAGUCUUCAUGAAGAAUGGUUGAGAACUUUGUUAGCAGUUGCGAAGACUGAAGAAAGUUGUUGGGAUGAAGAUGCCUCUGAUACUUUGCUUUGCUUAUGGCAUGAGAUGAGGAGCUACUAUGGAUCAAGUAGAAAAUGAUGGGAGCAUAUGUAUAUGUAUAUUGUUUAGUUUUGGUCGAUCUGUUUCCUGCUCAUAUUAGAAUUAUUUGAUAUACGGAUACAAGUUGCAAAUAUUGUUGAACUUUUUUGAAGUAUCCUAAAUCCCAAGUCUUAUAUUUUGUAUUAA